GUUAAUCAGUCUUUCAGCUGGACGCCGUCUUCCAUUUUACCCACAGACGGGCACUAAACAAGCCAAAAGUGAACAACAUGCCACCAUCAACAUUCUUGAUUAUGAGCCUUCUGCUAACUGGCUGCACGCUGAUCCAGAGCUCAGUCUUUCAGAACCAGGCAGAAACAGCUCAGCUUCUACGCUCCACCACCAGGAGGCGCCGGGCCAACUCCUUUUUGCUGGAGGAGAUGCUUCCAGGAAACCUGGAGCGGGAGUGCUACGAGGAGAGGUGCUCCCAGGAGGAGGCUCUGGAAAUCUUCCAAACACGGGAGAAAACGCUGGAGUUCUGGCAGAGAUAUACUCACUUGAACCCGUGUCAUAUCAAUCCCUGUCUGAAUGGAGGACUCUGCACGGUAGACCGGGGGGCUUUCACAUGUCUGUGCACCCCCCCGUACCACGGCAAAAUCUGCGAGUCAGCCACGCCUCAGUGCCACUACAGGAACGGCGGCUGCCUGCAGUACUGCAGAGACCUGACAGGGGGCGCCGGAGUGGAGUGCGGCUGUGCAGACGGAUACAGACUGGAGCCUGAUGGAACCAGCUGUUCCCCAACAGUGGCGUUUCCCUGUGGUCUCCAGCAGGCAGAGGCGUGGUCCCGCCGGCUCCCUCUGACGGUCCGGUCUGAGGACGUGAACGUAACCAUGGAGACUGAGUGGGACCGCAACGCCACCUUCAGCUGGGAGGAUGAGCUCAGUCAAACAGAGUCUUCUGGUAACCUGACGACAGUGAAUGCAUCGUCUGAUAGGACGGGAAACUGGACUGAGCUGUGGGGGGGAGCAGGGGACAGGGCGGACCCCCGGAUAGUGGGAGGAAACCUGGAGAGACCGGGAGGGAGCCCUUGGCAGGUUCUGAUCCACAGGCCCGAUGGCUUUGGGUUCUGUGGCGGCGCUCUGGUCUCAGACCGGUGGGUAGUCUCUGCGGCUCACUGCAUGGAGGAGUCUGCAGACUACGUAACCGUAGGAGACUACGACAAACAGCGUCCGGACAAGGGCGAGCAGCAGAUCAAGAUCCAGGAGGUGGUGGUCCAUCCUCACUUCCACCCCUUCACUUUCGACAGCGACGUUGCUCUGCUGUACCUGGUGGAACCGGUUCUGAGGGGCCCCACGGCCACGCCGGCCUGCCUGCCUGAUGCGCACCUGUCCACGUACCUGUUGAGGGAAGAGAACCAGGGCGUGGUUACAGGAUGGGGCGCCACCCGGUUCCUGGGUCGGUCCUCCAGGUUCCUGAGGAAGGUGACGGUCCCGGUGGUCAGCUACGAGGCCUGCAUCAAAACCACAGAACAAGUGAUCACAGACAACAUGUUUUGUGCCGGGUACCUGCAGACCCCAAUGGACGCCUGCAGCGGCGACAGCGGCGGUCCGUUUGUGGUUCACUACCGAGGAGCCUGGUUUCUGACCGGUGUCGUGAGCUGGGGAGAAAAGUGCGCUGCCCGUGGGAAGUACGGCGUUUACACGCGCCUGGGAAAUUUCCUGAACUGGAUCAGAACCACCAUGGAGAAAGCACAGCAGAACAGGAGCAAGUUCUGAUGUGGUCCUGGAGAGGAGCUCUGAAACAGUCUCGGAUCUGGAUCUGACCUUUAACCCAGAACAAGACUAAACCUCGAUCAGAACCAAACUGGACCUUCAUAUCUGUCCUGACCCGGCCCGUUUACUAUCUGUCAGAAUUUUUUUUUUAAUUUGCUUGUGAACCGGUUCCUGUCUUCUGGAUGCCAGAAGAGAAUCUGGUUCUGAUCAGACCACAGGACAGUUUGGACCUGCCUAGAAGUCACCUUUCUGCAGGUCCAAAACGAAGCCUAAACGCACGAUGAGGUCCAUUUUUCCCCGCCCCUUUCAACAAAGUUUGGAAACCCCUCCCCCGACAAACCAAAGUUGAUGUCAUGGAAAGUCCGUUUGGUGCAGCGCCUCCACUAGUCUGUGGAGGAACUGCACCUUCUGUUUCUGUCAGCGGGGGCUGGUGGGGGGUCCACAUCCGCAUUAAACCUUCUGUUUUGUCUCCAGA